GUAUCAAAGGACCGGGCGUCACCAUGGCGACCGGACGCGGAUACUUACGACGUGCAGCCUUCCUCUUUACGGUUGUUCUUCGGUAAACAGUCACGUUUGUAACGUCAGUUAGCAUUGUGCUCUGUUGGAGGAGGCGUCGUCAAACAAACAAAUCAAAUGUCAGCGCCGAAACAAGUUACCUCAAGUUACCUGCGGACGUGCAGGAGAGCAGCUGAGACGUCGUCUCGGAACCUUGUGGAAAGACUGCCACCUGAGAUCCUGAUUAAGAUUCUGUCGUACCUGGACGCCUCCGCUCUCUUCAGCGUCAGCCAUGUCAAUAAGCUCCUCUGCCAGCUUGCCAACGAUAAUGCUCUGUGGAAUAAAAUAUACAUUGCGAAGUAUGGCAAGAAUAAAAAGUCGCAGGAGCUGCAGGAUCGCGUCGCCGGUGGCUACUGGAAGUGGCUGCUCUUCAGGACCGUGGCCGCACGUGACAUGAACAAGUGGAACAGACACCUUGGACUCGUAAGCCGACACACGGGGCUGCCCAGUCACACGGAGCGCGUUCUCAGAAACUUGCACGUCACCUGGGAGCUGACGCUCUCUGAUAAGUCGGGGCAUGAGGGCACAUUGGAGCUGAGCCGGUCCGAGUUCUGCGAGACUGCGGCGUUUCUGUGCUGGAGCGGUGGCGGCCGCCUGCCCAACUACCAUCAGAUUCCCACCUUUCAACUUCACGGUGUCAGGAGGAUCGCCCUCAGCUGCCCCGGCCUAAAGAAUCCUGGCUGGAGGUCCCUCAUGGCUGAGUUGGAGGUGCAGACUUUAACUAAAAGCGCGCAGGUCAUUGGUCGAGACAGACUGGUUGAAAUGAAGCUGCUGCAGCCUGGGAUCAUCAUCGGUACCUGGAGGGACCAGUGCUCCGUUGCUUUCAUCGCGUUCACACUUCACUUCCACAGGCUCGUGGAAAGAAGCAUCCAGGGAUCUUCUUCUUGCCCCUACGUGGAGCCACUGGUCAAAACCCCUUUUGACGACAUAGACCCCCAAUACGGUCUCCAUGGUUACCAGCUACACAUUGUUCUCCACAACACCGAAUGCAAGCUCAUGUCCGGAAGCUUUGCCCAGCUCUUCUGCCGCAGAACUCAGAUCUGUGACGGACUGAUCCAGCUGACUGCCAUUAGCAGGACAAACUUGUCUCAGCACACACCUCUGUCAGGAAGCGUCACCCUGCCCUGGAGGUGCGAGGCCCUGCAGGGCGCAGUGGAGAACUGCUGCAUCAUGAGUCUGACUCUGCUGGAUGAAUUCAGGAAACCCUUUUGGUGUGUCAGCUCCCCCGUUUCCAUGCAGCCAGAAGAGACACCCGUCUCCUAUGACUAUGAUGGCGAGCACUUCCUGAUCCAUUAUCUGGACUCGGACGGUCAGGUGAAGGUGACGCUUGUAUGGAUGAAGGAGCAGUUUGUCGUCAUCAGUUUAGUUGUCUACAUGAGUGUUUCUAAGGUCAACAAACAUUUCAGUACAGAUUACUGAACCCACAGUGCUUCUGGAUAGAGUGUUGAGGUUUUCUUUCACUACAUCUGGAUACUAUCACUCUUCACUCUCUUGUUUUUUAAAUGUGGAAAUAUGCCACUUUAAUCCUGUGUCACACACACACAUUUCCAAGCACACCCGUACUUUCCCGCUGCAACUCACAUCCCGGCUUCCGACUAUAAUGCCGUGCGUUCACUCACCAGAGAAAGAAACCCCAGUGUGCACCAAACCCCUGGCGGUGUCCCACUUUGUAUGAUAAAUUGUGGGGGAACCGGAUUUUGCUCAAUAUAACGUAUUCAGGUAGGGGGACACCAACAUUACGUCAAUCAACUCACAUUGACAAAGGCCGCCUGCUGUGUCUGCUCCCGUCGCAUACGUCUGGCCGCGUCAGGCGAACAAAAUUGUACCUGGAACACACCGCCAAGACGGCCAACUAGCUCCACUUCUUCGUUCCAAACAGCCAAGGUCGACCCAGAUUGACAGAUAGAGGAAGAGUGGACUAAUGCACAUACCACAUAGCUGCAACAUUCACUGCUCAGUUCCCUUUCUGUCAUGUUUUCUGACUCUCUCUCAUAAUACUGUCACAUGAAGGCGAAAUGCCUAAAAAAUAAUCUUUAAAAAAAUCAUUGGAUAUGACACUUUGUUUAUAGAGACAAUAGAUGCUUUUAGUGGUUAAGACUAAUUUCAAAUUGAGCUAAAACCUUUAAAACAAGCAAUUUAUUAAGUGAUCUGUAUUGUUUUGUAUCUACAAAAAUGGUAAAGUUACUAUUUGCCAAAGUUAUUCAUUUUGUCUUUAAAUGGUGAAUAAAUUAUUACAUUUUUAA